AUGGCCGAAACAAUCACCACAAUCUCCCCCAUCACCAACAAGGGCAUCAUUGAGCGCAAGGGUCUUAGCGACUCGGAGCUCAGCGAUUUGGCCAGCAGAUCAGCUGAAGCCUUCAAGUCCUACAAGAAGACAUCGCUGGACGAACGUAAGAACUAUAUCAAGAAGGCCCUCGAGAUCAUCACAUCCAAGCAAGAUGAGCUCGCCAAGGAGAUUACAGAACAGAUGGGACGCCCAAUUGCAUAUACCGCUGUCGAGGUGAAGACGGCCGUCGCUCGUGGCGAGUACCUACUCAAGAUUGCCGAAGAUGCCUUGUCAGACACUCCUGGCGAGCCUCAGGAUGGCUUCAAGCGCUUCGUUCGCAAGGUGCCCCUCGGUCCCGUCCUCGUCCUCUUCCCAUGGAACGUAAGUCUUAUCGACAUCUUCCUUAGCCUGCAUCAUCAUGCUGACUGUUUCACUACCUUCAGNUACCCCUACCUUACUCUUGUCAACUCCAUCGUCCCAGCCCUUCUCUCUGGCAACAGCGUCAUCAUCAAGCCUUCACCUCAAACACCAACCAUUGCCGAACAAGUCGUUUCUGCCUUCAACGAAGCAGGUCUUCCCAAGGACGUUAUUCAAUACUUCCACUGCGGCGACUUCCAAAAGAUUGAGAAGCUAGUCAAGAACCCCAACAUCCAGCUUGUUUGCUUCACCGGAUCCGUUGCUGGUGGUCUCGCUGUUCAGAAGGCCGCAAGCGAAAGAGUUGACUCAAGAGUCGGACUCGAGCUAGGUGGAAAAGAUCCCGCAUACAUCAGACCUGACGUCGAUCUGGCAUGGGCUGCAGAAGAAAUCGUCGACGGUGCCGUUUUCAACUCUGGCCAGAGUUGCUGCAGCAUUGAGCGCGUUUAUGUCAACGAGAAGGUUCACGACGACUUUGUCAAAGAGGUACAGAAGGUCCUGGCCAACUACAAGCUGGGCGAUCCUUUUGACAAGUCCACACACGUUGGUCCUGUCGUUUCUAAGCGUUCCGCUGAAACAAUCCGCGCCCACGUCAAGGAUGCCAUUUCCAAGGGUGCUCAGGAUAUGACGCCCAAAAACUCGUCUUUCGAAUCGCCACCAGCUGACGGUAACUACGUGGCUCCUGUGCUUCUGACUAAUGUUUCGCACAAGAUGGAUGUCAUGACUGAGGAAACCUUUGGACCCGUCAUUCCUGUCAUGAAGGUCAAGGAUGAUGCCGAGGCCAUUAAAUGGAUGAACGACAGCCAGUUUGGUCUGACUGCCAGUAUCUGGACAAAGGAGACUGAAAAGGGUUACGAACUUGCCGACGACGUCGAGGCUGGAACUGUCUUCGUCAACAGAUGCGAUUACCCUGCUCCUGACCUUGCAUGGGUCGGAUGGAAAGAGUCUGGCAAGGGACAGACCCUGUCAAAAUUCGGCUUCGAUCAGUUUUCCAGACUCAAGAGCUACCACAUCAAAAACUACCCAAAAUAAAUGCAUAAUGCCACGUGCGGCUAUGGCAUUUGCUUUAUGCAACUAUCGACAAAAGCCCAUGUGAAUUCUUAUCAUGAAACUUAA